AUACAAACCAGGCCCCAUAGCUCUCAUACUCUUGUUUAUGGUGCUGGAGUCGAUUGGAGCUCACGGGUUCGUCGGGUUCUUUGGUGGCAUCUUGCUCGUCCUGGGCUUCAUCAAGCUGUCGUUUGGCAGCAUUAUUUGCUGCCGGAAGACCAAAGCACAGGAGCACACCGAAAAGAUGGUUGAGAAAGGAGUUCCUCCAAAGAGUCCUCUGCUGGUGCAGUGCAGUGGGGAAUGUCGAGGGGCCAAGGCUGCCAGAGCCAGAUACGAGAGGAAGGUCAAGAGACUCAGAGCAGCUGGGAAGAGUCCCCACAGACUCGACGACUGGAGAAACACCUCCUUUGAGUGCCACUGCAAGUCCGAGUUGACUGACGUAAGGAUGAUCCACGUUGUCAGGACAGUGUGCUUCUUUUAUUUCUGCUGUUUACUCCCAUUCAUCUGGCUGGGACGCUGGGUCAUGUGGCGAUUCCUGAGGGACAGUGGAGAGAACAUGGCCAGGGCGGAGCAGCAGGUUCUGAUGCGGGCUAAGAAGAAAGGCAAACUGGAGAAGUAUGGGAUUGUCGACAUAGCUGCAGACUUGAAGAAGAUUGAAGAGGAAAGUGAGAAGGCCGAAAAGGAGAAACAGGAACAGAGAGCUACCAUUGAGGCUCUGGCAAUGAACAUCGACUAUACUCCCGCAGAGGGUGACAAGAAAAAAGACUUGAAAGAGGUAGAGGUACCAAAAGCAGAAAAAGUUAGAGAAAAGAGAAAGUCGACAAAGGAUAAGAUACAGCAGCAAGAUUAUGAGGGGGAGAGUACGUUAGAAGGAGCAGAGGAUGAGAGUAAAGAAGAACCUAACGGCGGGGCAGAAAAAGAAAGUGAGAGGGAGAAUAAAGAACAGAGAAAUACAAGGCAGAAAGCAAAAGCAAAGGAGGAGGAAAAGAACAGUGUUGACAUUGAAGCAUUGGCACUAACAGCCAUUCUCUCAGAGGCUGACAGGGAACAAGACUUGAAAGAGCAAGAAGAGCCACUUGAAGAAACAGAAAGAGUCAAAGAAAAGGGAAAGGUAUCCCAGCCAACGGAGACCACGAUCCAACAGCCAGGUCUAGAGGGGAAGAAAAAGUCCAAAGACCAAAGAAAGAAGGAUGAACUUGGUGGUGGUAGACCAGACGAAGCUAAAAGAGAACCACAGGCUAGUCUCAAGUCAACAGGGAAGGAGUUGGCAGUAGAGGGAGUAGCACAGAAAAGUAAAGAAAAGGAUUCAGCAAAGAAAUCUCCAAACCGGCCUAAAACAGGACGUGGGGAUAAGGUUGAGGGACAAGACAGGGAAAGAAACAAAGAAAAGCCCCGGAAAAGAGAUAAGAGCAAAAAUAGGGGAAAGACAGAGGGAUAAAGAAUCAGAGCAAGACGUAGAAAA